GCAUCAUUCGUUCACGAGGGAUUAUAUGUUAGAGGUUUAUAACAGUGUUUAAGAACAUGCGUAUCUUUACUUUGGUGUUUGGUAAUUUAUUGACGCCGCCAUAAUUAUUCAUCACAUAAUAUCGAAUACCACUUUUCUGGAAACAGUUGCAUCGUGACAGUAGGUCAACGUACGUAACCAAGAAGCUGGGUCACUAUGCAUUUCAACGUUGGGAUUCUGCUGGCAAAUGUUGUACUGGUCCUGUUGUGUUCAGAGCGUAUUUGUGCCACUAUUGCUUCAACGUGGGACUCCUGUGGUUGUUACUGGGGAGAAUGGGAUCCGUGGUCUAAAUGCACAGCCAGGUGCUACGGUAGACAGUACAGAAAGAGAAGUGUCUGGCACCAUAAUACAGAUGAAUGCGACACAUAUCAAACCUGUGCCACCUUUGAGGCGGGUACGGAGCGGCGGACGUGCAAUAAAGUGUGCUACAAUGACGGUGUGUAUUCCCCCGGUGUUCCAUGUGGCUGCCGCCCAGGAUGGAGAGGACGGUGCUGUGAUAGAGUUGUGACCUGCGGAUUUCCAGCGUCUAUCACUCAUGGCCAGGUUCACGGCAGCAGCUACAACUACGGCAACACCGUGACGUAUUCUUGUAACACGUACUACAACAUGACAGGCUAUUACAAACAGAUGUGUCAGGAUAACGGAAUUUGGAGUGGAACAAAACCAAGAUGCAUAUUUGUGAACACGUGUGACAGUAACCCGUGUCAGAACUCUGGCACGUGUGUGGAUGGACUUGACGAGUACACCUGUAGAUGUCGACCAGGUUACAGCGGAGUACACUGUGAACAUGAUAUUCAGCCGCCGGUGUUUACAAACUGCCCACGAAGUUUCACUGCGCAUGCUACUGCACCCACCCUGAACGUGACCUGGGUAGUUCCUCGAGCAUCAGACCCACUGGGUCACGAGGUCACCGUCAUCACUAACUACCCGGAUGGCUAUGCUCAGCUUCCGUGGGAUGAUUUCACCGUACAGUACGUGGCCACGAAAGCGUUCAAUGGACUCCAGUCAGAAUGCAAGUUUGUCAUUUCAAUCAGACCAACCUCGUGUCCUGAGCUGAAUGUUCCAGAAAACGGCGCUAAAGUGUGCAAUGGGUGGAAGACGGACAUGGCCAAUCUGUGUCUGGUGUUCUGUUCUGGAGACAAGUCUCUGCCGUUUGGUUUUGAUCAUCGUCAGUGGUGGGUGUGUGGGGCUCGUGGUGCCUGGAUUCCUGCCGCUCCCCUGCCGAACUGUUCAGUUCAUCCGCAAUAUGAAGGAAUUGUCGCGGCGACGUCAUACAAUACCGGCGAGUACCACUUCGUUGACUGCGCCGCCGACGACGUCCGCAUGAAGACUAUGUAUGUGGAAGCGAUGAUGCGGUCCGAGUUUAGCUCAUUUUGUGAGAACGUUUCUGACUGCCAGGUGGACAAUGUCGCUGUUUUGUGCAGCAAUUAA